AUGGAGACCCUUAAGAUUAGAAGUUUAUGGGUUCUUUUGUUUCUGGCAAUGGCAGUUGUUGACCUGAUCAGAUGUGAUGAUCAAGUUAGAAACAGUACUGUUCAAGUUAAUGUCACUUCCUUAGUUUUUCCUGAGCUUCCUCCUGUGCAAGGAAGUCAUAACAGCACUUCUUCUACUGUUGUGAUUGUGCAUGAUAAUAAAAAUAGGUACAGUGGGUACUAUAGAAGAGGAGGAGGAAGUGGUGGGAGUGGAGGAGGAGGAGGUGGGGGUGGUGGUGGAGCAGGUGGAGGUGGAGGGGGUGGAGGUGGAGGUGGGGGUGGUGGAGGUGGAUGGGGAUGGGGAGGAGGGGGUGGUGGUUGGUAUAAAUGGGGAUGUGGUGGCAAAGGGAAAGGAGGAGGAGGAGGAGGCGAAUUCAAGAACGAAAACAUUGUAAUGGGAGAGUUUGCGCAGUGCAUGGGAAGAGGAAGGUGUCGAGGAAUGAGAUUGGAUUGCCCUCUUCACUGUGGUGGACCUUGCUUUUAUGACUGCCAACAUAUGUGCAAGGCUCAUUGUCGAUAUUCACGUUCUUCAUUGGCUCAUUAACUCUUCCAUUAAUUUUUUUUUCACAUUGGAUUGCUAAUUUUUUAAGAUAAUAGCUAUAAUUCAAUACUAAUUAUUUUUUUUUCUAUGCAUAAUGAUUAUCA